AUGAAAGCGGUGAAAACUAGGGCAGCUACAAAGGGGGCAGCUGCAACACGGAAGCAUGCCGAGGCCAUGUCACUCGAGGACCUGCAAAAAAUUAUGGACUGGUCAGAGGGAAGAUGCCCCAAUGAACUAUUUGAUAACGUGCCAUCCAAUCCUGAGUCCGUCGCCCUGCAUGGCCUCAUGCGGGCGUUGUAUCCAACGCUGUUCGUGUUGAUGCUAAGGUAUGACCGUAUGAGAGUUUACACAUGUCCAAUUUGGGAAUUUAGCUUGAUAUCACCUUUUAGGGUUUUCGAAGGCCUCUCUCUACAGUAUGGCGAUCUUACGAUGGGCUUGAAGGGACCUGCACCAUACCACUUCCCUUAUUUUGAGGUCCGGCUUGAAGAGCGUAAGAAUUGGCAGAAGCAAGCGGGCUAUGAUGGUCCACGCACAAGUGGCAUUUAUAAGAUCUAUCAGCAAGAUAUCGGUGCAAUGGACAUGUUUACUCACCUCCAACGCUGGUUGAAAUAUUUGGAGGGCCGCCUCGGCCGUAGUCUCGAGUCUAGUGACUUUAUCUUCCCCCAUAUCUCGCAUAAUGGCACCAUUGAUCCGAAGCGCACUAUGUCAUAUGACACGUUCCAGAAGCACCUCAGCGAGUUCGUGGCCGGUGCUGGCCUGACGAAGACCUACACGACGCAUUGCUUCCGAAGAGGUGGCGCUCAAUAUCGGUUCAUGUAUGCACCGAUUGGCCGUCGCUGGUCUUUGAGUAUUAUUCGAUGGUGGGGUGGGUGGGCCAAAGGCGAACAGGUCGACACAAUGAUAAAAUACCUUGUAGAUUCACUCCAAAGCUAUGAGACAGGUCACGGAAACGCAUUGUGCCCAAUCGCAGCGGAGGCCGAUAAAAGCUUCAUGGGCGAACACAUCAACCAGGCGCCACCCUCUACUGAGGAAAUCCGGCAGUGGAAAAUCUCGAUGGAUCGUUCUCUCGGAAACGCUGUUUCUGAGAUUGUCGGUCAGGUCACAGCUGCCUUGUCCGAAACUCGCCUUUCUGCAUCUCCCAGCCCUGAGCCUAAUCUGGAAUCCCCUCCGUCAAUGAGUGUGGGAGAGCCAAUGCCUCAGGAGCGAUCUUCGCUGCGCCGUGGUCACAGUGCUCGCCACUCUUCCAAUCCGUACUCUGCACAUGCGCCAAACCGCCGUACCUCGAGCAUACCCAGCCACUCUGAUGUCGAUAGCCUGGCAGGAGAUGCCCAAACUCAAAGCCCCUCGGACAGCCUGAAUUUUCCCAUUCCUGGUGUGGUGAUCCCUGAUGUGAAGAAUUGGCGUGACGUAGUUCAGCAGUGGGAGCUUGGUGAUGCAUCGGUAAUGGCUCUGAAAGAUUGGCCAAAGGAGUGGUAUCAGGGUGGGAUGAAAAGGUUUACCGGCUCCUUGUAUUCCCAGAGAAAGAUGAUCGCUAACGAAUAUGAACGGUGUGUGAUUUCUUCAUCGGCUCGCAUGCACAUCUGA